GGGUUCACUUCAUUGUUGAAACCGAUCGCCAUCGGACGCCCUAUCAGCCGCAGUACUUUGUACUGGCACUGUAAUCUGCUCAAGGGAUAUCCUCGUGCGCUUCUUUUGUAAAAGAAUACCGUUGGUAGUUCCCGAUAUUAGGCAUAGAAGCCAGUAGAUGAAAAGUGGAUGCUCCAAGUCUUAUACGGAUCAAUCAUACGGAGAAAUUUAGUGUAAUCGACUUAUGUUUAAGCCUACUUGAUUUUGGCAUAAACAAAAGUGUCUAGGCAUUCGUUGAGUCUGUAGACGACGUUGGAAUUACAUUGUAUUUAACUGUAUGUCUCAAUUGCAGGCAGGUUCUAUGACUCUCUAAUCAGUUUGCUGAAUAUUUUAAUAUGUGCUGCUUUUUAGGAAGGCGUCCAAACCAGUGAAUUGUGCAAUAGGUCUGCAGAGAACGCACCAUAGUUCGUUGAAGAGCAUAUACAAUGGAACGCAUGUUAAUAUUUAAUUAGGAAUGUGCUGCGACAAAUUGUGAAGUGCUUUUAAUGUUUAUUGUAAAACUAUUAAUUGAUUUGACGAUCUCUGCACUUAUGAAGCAACAUAGCGCGAAUAUUGGGAUUAUGCGCUGAACACCAAGAUUUUAGAAAAAUAUGUGUACAGUUUAUGUAAAACAUUGUAUUUUGUGACGGAAUGAAUUACUCAACAAGUGAAUGAAAGAAACAGACAAGGUAACAUGGUGAUACAGACAUAUAGCGAUGUUUCUUCCCAACUGCUUGCUCAAUAAUGUGGCGACGCUACCCUGACGCUACAGGCGCUACAGUUCUGCUAAUCCGGGUACUGCUCUGGGUAUUUCUUGCCAGGCUCUGUCUGCCACAGGAAGUGCCGACGAGGACCGCCGACGACGACGCGUUUGGGAUUGACCCGCGCCAUCUCUUUUACGACACGAACGCCAUUCCGGACGGAAUCGAAGUGAAUCCGUAUUUAUUCUUCAACGCGACAAAAAAGUUUUUCUACCUCCUAGAUACCACUGUUCCCAAACUGGACUUCACCCUGACGCCCUGUGCCUCACCCAUUCUUUGGCAGGUCACCCACAGGAAGAGGAGCAGCGACCACAGACACGAACUUGGCAAAGAAGCUGAUAGCGCUGUGGUAGACUUCAAACCAGUUGUUAACACCAACGAUAUAUUGUAUACUUUUCGCGGCGAGACUGCGGAAACAUUACGCCUUGAUCUCCCGCGGGAAGGUAUUUACACUAUAGAAAUCACAUCUCUCAAUUCUGAUAGCUACGUCCAAAUCUUCGUCUCGUCUUCCCCAGACAUAGAGCGCUUUCCCGAUCUGCCAGCAGACACGCGAGUUCGGGAGAUCGACAAAAAGAAAGACAGUUUCACGGUUGAAUGGGAGUCAAGUCCUGAUGAACAACAUUUUGGUGACAGUCUUGAGUACUGCAUCGCUGUUAAUAGACGGCGGAGUUUUAAGACCCUGUGUUCAGUUGAAUCGCAUCGGAAUGGGGACCCCAAACCCACUCUUCCGCCUGGAAACGGUUUCGGGUUUUCGACUGACAUUUACAAAAAACGACUGCUUAAACAGAACGCACAACCAAUACAAGCGCAGAGGAAAGGUUCAAUAUUCUUGAAAUGUAUAGGCCAGAAUAGGAAAGCGACAUUUGAAAAGGUCAAAACGCGUUAUGGAUAUUAUGUAGAUGUGUUUGUGAAGCAUACGUUAACUGAUGGUAGAUAUAGGUCAAGACAAUACGUUGGAACAUACGUGAAAACAAAUAGGAAGCGGAAAUUUCCCAAAUUAAAAAAUGGCAAGACUCGGAUAGCGAAAUUUACGAAACGAACAAGAAAAAUUACGUAUUUGUUUUAUAAUAGCAAAUCGACAAGAGAUUUACAUCUUGCAUUAAGUUCGUGUUCCGGUAAAGUAAACGUAGAAAUAAAAGGGGUGAAUGGUACAUUGCUUAAGGCCGGAGUUAAAGGCACAAAAGUAUUAAACAUAACAGACGCACCGCAAGGACAAUAUUUGAUAACAAUACAGUUAAAGACGGUGAGGUAUAAAACGAGUGUGCAUGUAUCGAUGGUGGCAAGGAAGAAGCUUUUGAAGGUACCAAUCCUGCCCGAGGACAGAACGGUGAAAGUGUUUGACAAUCUUUCCUCGUGUUCUAGUGUAACUGUUGCAUUCAUAGGCACGAGCACGAAACAGACUUAUUGCUUGUACAAGACUGAGAUAUCAAAAGAGAAUUCUACGUCAAUAUCUCAAAAACUGAACGAGUGUGGAGCAUAUAGUCGUGUUAAAACUGUGUCGCAGAAGAUCAUGUGUAAGAAAUUCAAAUACAGCAAGGAGAACGCGGUAUUAGCCAUAACUGUCACAAACUUAAAGAGUGACACAUCAUACAUUUUCGAUGUGUUUGUAAAUAGAGGGAAAUAUUUCACAUUUUUAUACAACAGUAUUCGAACUAAAACGAGUCCGUCAUGCUAUUUACCGACGUGACACUACGACUAAAAGUGCAUGUCUCUUGAUAUGUUGACAGAAUAUUGCAAACCGUAUAGAACGUGUUCACUGUUCACCGAUAACUACCACUUAUCCGUUAACGCUUUGCGACAUUGGUAUGUUCUAACUGAAAGGUGAUAAUUAGUUUUGGAAGGAAACAUGCAAUUCUGAGAAGGAAUUAAAUUCCAUCGUUAUUGUACAAGGCAAACAUGACUGUGAUUAUAAUGGUCAUGUCGUGUAGGGUAAAAUAAUUGAGUCGCGUUCUGAAAAAAAUGGGCUUAAUGCAUGUGCG